CCUCAUCGGCUCUCCCGAUCGGCGAGAGGCUCCUCCGAGCAUCCAUGAUCCGUUCCUCCAUUUGCUCCACGAUCGCCAUUGAAGGCAGUUAUGUGCCCUUGGAGAUAUGCUGAUACUGUGCUCCAGCAAGAUAAAUCUAACUUCAUCGGAAACUUUGUAUGAAGGAAUUAGUACUUUGCAUCACUGCAAUGUUACAAUGGACAGGCGGAUCUAGAAGGAAGGUGACUGCUUCCAGAAAGUCAACGCAUAACAGGCAAAAACAAUAUUUUGAACAAAGGAAACGGCAACAACGGGCGCCUGGACUGGACAAUGAUUCUGCAAGAAACAAACACGCCAAUUACUAUGAGGAGCCGAGGUCACUAGACAUUGUCAGUUUGAUAAAUUUGGAAACUAUUACUUGGCAAGGGUACCCCAAUCAGGCCAAUGCGAUUGGUGGUCCACAAAUGAAAUGUCAUUCAUCCAAGCUUUCCCCUGCAGUUGCAUUGAAGAAAAUCAUCAACAGAUAUUCUCAUGAUUCACAGGAAGCAUGUCCUGAAGCAACUACUUUAUCUCCAAAGAAAUUGCCUGAAACCAAUGUUUCUAACAUUGUAUCAACUGCCAAUGGAGUUAGUUUGGAUUAUGAUGGGGAGGUUUCAGUUCUUGACUUGCUCAGUGAUGAUAGACCAAGAAAUGAUUUUGGAGGAGGAUCAGUUCCUGAACCACAUGUUGCAUUUUCUGUAGAAGGUCUUGGUAAGAUUGGAAUGAUAACUCCUGCCCAUUCACCAAGAUUUCAAGAUAGGUUAACCGAUUUGAAUUUAUAA